UGUCUAGUAAUCAAAUAUCCAGAAUUCAGUAAUCAAAUCGUCUAUCUUUCCAUCCUCCUUCAAAACCCUAAAUUUUCCAAUCCGGUCUCCUCAACAUCGAUCGAUCUUAACAUAUAUCCUGCACAACUUCCGAUCAACAAGACCGAGAGCUAGCUAGGGGGUCGAUAAUCGUAGAGAACCAACCAUGUUCACCAGGCUAAUUGGGAAACCUAAAGCGGAUGAAUCCUCCGGUGCCCUAACCACCAUGUCCUUAGAAAAGUUAACCGAGACACUUGAAGUGCUGGAGCGAAAGGAGAAAGUACUAGAGAGGAAGGCUGCUGUUGAACAUGAAAGGGCCAAGGCUUUCUCCAAAGCAAAGAAUAAAAGAGCUGCUAUUCAGUGUUUGAUUAAGAAGAAGAGGUUCGAAGAGCAAAUAGAGAUACUCGGAAAAUCCCAACUGCGACUCCAUGAUCAGAUGAUACUGCUAGAAGGUGCGAAAGCUACCACGGAAACUCUAGAUGCCUUGAGAACUGGAGCAGCUGCAAUGAAGGCAAUGCAGAAAGCAACAAAGAUAGAUGACGUAGACAAGGUCAUGGAUGAAAUUAAUGAGCAGAUGGAGAACAUGAAGCAGAUCCAGGAAGCUUUGUCGAAUCCGAUUGGUGACGGCUUUGAUGAGGAUGAGUUGGAAGCAGAACUUGAAGAGCUCGAAGCCGCUGAGCUGGAACGAGAACUUCUUCAGCCUGUAACUACAAGCACGUCUACUUCUGCAGCUCCGGUGCAGGUCCCAGCAGGAGUUAGGCAACCCAGUACUCGUCCUGUUCCGGAGAAGCGUAGUGCUGAAGAAGAUGAACUGGCUGCUUUGCAGGCUGAGAUGGCACUAUAA